AAUUUGGAAACUUCUCCGAGUGUGUGCACAUAACCCUCUCCUACCAGCCGAGCCCCUGGCGAGCACUUUCGGCAGAGUCCUGCGCCCCGCGUUCUUGCUUCCUGGGGCGCUGAUCCGCGGGUCCCUCCCCGAAACCAGCACCCGGGUGGCGGCUUUGGUGGCUUAGGUGGCGGUGCGCACGGCCCAGCCCGGAAGGUCGGGGCUCUGGGGCUGCGCAGGCGGGACCGGCCUAGGCCGGUACGGGACGGCUGGGUCUGGGCGAGGACGGGCGGGGAGAGCCGGGGAUUGAGCAGCCGGGCCUCCAGGAUCCAGGUCGUUGUCCCAUCGGUCGCUGCCACCUCCAGUGCUGGGAGCCCUAGUGUGUGCUAGACAAACACUCUGACGCUGAGCUACAUCCCCAGCCCAAACUUGGAAUCUGAAGUCACAUCCACCUAGGGAGCAUAGUGGGACUGCCACACGCCGGUGAUGUGACCUCCACUUUGGUUCCACACCCUCUGGACCCAUGGCUGGUUUUUCUGGUUUGGUCUCUAGAGCAAUUUGCAUAUUUCCUUGAAGAACCCUCUGAAGCCUAACAGCCUGUCCUGGGACUUAGAGAAAGGGACACCCACGUUGGUUCUCCAGAAUUGGGGCUGGGAAUGGCCACAUGGAACAGGCCGCACCCAAGGCAGCCUCUGGCAGCAGAGUCAGCCACAGAGCCAGCCGCAGAAACGGGGUCUCAGCCCCUGGGCCGAGAGCUGACGGAAGCCAACCGCUUUGCUUAUGCCGCUCUCUGUGGCAUCUCUUUGUCACAGCUGUUUCCAGAACCUGAACAAAGCCCCUUCUGCACAGAAUUUGUGACAGGCCUGGUGAAGUGGCUGCAUUUGUCCGAAGCUGUCCUCCCAACCAUGACUGCCUUUGCCAGUGGCCUGGGAGGCGAAGGAGCCGACAUCUUUGCUCAGACUUUACUGAAGGACCCCAUCCUGAGAGGAGACCCUUCAGCAGUCACUCAGGACCUUCUGAGCUUCUCACUCAAGGAUGGACACUACGAUGCCCGGGCCAGAGUCCUCGUUUGCCAUGUGACUUCCCUGCUCCAGGUGCCCACGGAGGAGCUUGAUAUACUUGAAGAGGCAUUCCUGGAGAGCCUGAGGGACACCAAAGAGGAGGAGUCUGAGACCGCAGAGGCAUCCCGGAAGAAGAAAGAAAAGCGGAGGAAGUGGAAACGCUAUCUCCUGAUAGGCCUGGCCACAGUUGGAGGCGGGACAGUGAUUGGUGUGACUGGGGGGCUAGCUGCCCCCCUUGUUGCUGCAGGAGCUGCGACAAUCAUCGGCAGUGCUGGGGCAGCCGCACUGGGCUCGGUGGCUGGCAUUGCUAUCAUGACCUCAUUGUUCGGUGCAGCCGGAGCUGGCCUGACAGGAUACAAGAUGAAGAAGCGAGUUGGGGCCAUUGAGGAGUUCAUGUUCCUGCCUCUGACAGAAGGCAGGCAGCUACACAUCACCAUCGCCAUCACUGGCUGGCUCGGGUCCGGCAGAUACCGCACAUUCAGCGCCCCAUGGACAGCCUUAGCCCGCAGCCAGGAGCAGUACUGCUUGGCCUGGGAAGCCAAGUACCUGAUGGAGCUGGGCAAUGCCCUGGAGACCAUCCUCAGUGGCCUGGCUAACAUGGUGGCCCAGGAGGCUCUCAAGUACACUGUGCUCUCUGGUAUCGUGGCUGCCCUGACUUGGCCGGCUUCCCUCCUCAGUGUUGCCAACGUCAUCGACAACCCCUGGGGGGUGUGUCUUCACCGGUCUGCAGAGGUUGGCAAGCACCUGGCACACAUCCUCCUCUCCCGGCAGCAGGGCCGGAGACCUGUCACCUUGAUUGGGUUCAGCCUGGGAGCUAGAGUCAUCUACUUCUGUCUGCAAGAGAUGUCUCAGGAGCAAGAUUGCCAAGGGAUCAUCGAGGAUGUGGUCCUUCUGGGUGCACCGGUAGAAGGGGACCCCAAGUACUGGGAACCGUUCCAGAAGGUGGUGUCUGGAAGAAUCGUCAAUGGCUACUGCAGGGGAGACUGGUUGCUGAGCUUCGUGUACCGCACUUCCUCCGUGCAGCUCCGGGUCGCAGGCCUCCAGCCGGUGCUGCUGCAGGACCGGAGGAUGGAGAAUGUGGACCUGUCCUCAGUGGUCAACGGGCACUUGGACUAUGCCAAGCAAAUGGAUGUCAUCCUGAAGGCUGUGGGCAUCCGUACCAAGCCAGGCUGGGGUGAGAAGGGUUUCCCACUGGCUCCUGGCAGUCUGCCCCAAGAAGAGCCUCUCCAGACAGUCACAGUCUCCACAGAUGAGGCACUCCACCAGGAUGGGCAAACCCAGGGACCUGGCCCAGGAGACAGUCUCAAAACCACCAUACCUUCCAGUGUCAGGCAAGCCCAGAUGCCAGCAGAGCUGGACCAAUCCACAGAGGCCUUGCUCCCUGCUGCUGCCAGUCCAGCAGAAGGACCCCUGAUCUGCAGCCAUGGUGUGAGUUCUAACCCACUGGGCUGCCCUGACUGCACACCAGGGACCCAAGAGUCCUGUGCAGAACUGGAUUGACCCCAGCAGGAGCCUGGACUAUCUCUCCAGACUUCUGUAUGCAAUUUUCUCUAACACCUCUGAGCUCCUCAGAAUGCUCUGGUGGUGUGGAAUUUCCAUAAGCACCUUCCUUAAAUAGGAAGGGUCUAGAAUGGAGAGCCAUGGAGAAAACACUUGCUCCCUGAGGGAACACUGGCCAUGUGACUUACAGCAUCAACCCAGCUCCAGGCCAGUGUAGGCUCCCGCCCUCUAGGUCCCAUCCAGAGGCCCAGGAGUCGCUGUGGAACUGGAGGUUCCCCCCGCCCUGUCCCCUUUCUCCAACUUCAGUGGAACCAAGUGUCUUCAUGAUCUUUUACCAACUCUCCAGGGCUGCCCACCAGCCCCAGGCCCUACCAGUGGGGCCUUCUCAGGUGCCAACGAGGCAGUUUCCUCCCUCUGCUCUUCUUGGGAGGUCUGAUCAGCUCUCUCUGGCACAGGUGUGCGGGCCGUGUGCGCGGCAUAACUUCAGGAGUAACUGAGACAUAGGUAUGAUACGAACUUGUGAAACAUGGUGGCCCUGGAUGGAACCGUAGCAAGAGGACUAAAGGCAGAAUUCCAUUGGCAUAGAGAGAAAGUGGGCUGGUGAUAUAUGUGGAUCACCAGAGAGGGACCAAUAAAUACCAAAGGCUUUUCCCCUGA